AUGCGGUGCGAGCGGUGCUCCAAAGUCCUCAAAAGGGAUCGACGAAACCGACCCUUGAAACCCAAGCUUCCGCUUACCCAAACCGCUGGACGUGCCACGUCCUCGCAAGACGACGACCCGGUGCUUUCUGGAUCCGGCCUCCGCAAGCUAAACAUCCACGGCCACUCGUGCGAGGCGGCUUCUGAGCCAGGCGAUUCCGAGCCUCGCCAGCCGGCGGGGAAGCUAGCCUGUCGAUUUCACCCAGGCAGAGUGGCGAACAAGACGUGGACAUGCUGCAGGAGACCGCCCUUGUCGAAGCCUUGCUCCGGGAAUACCCAGCACACUCCUCGCCAGUAUCCUAACGGCCAUCUCGAGAGAAACUGGCGCUUCUACGAGACUCCGUCCGAGAGGCAUGCAUCCCAUGUCGCCGCCGUUGCGCUCGACUGCGAGAUGGGAGUCGCCAGCUCGGGCGACAGCGAGCUGAUUCGCGUAUCCGUCCUGGACUUUUUCACCGGCGCGGUGCUUCUGGACAAGCUCGUGUACCCGAGCGUGCGAAUGGCGCACUACAACACCAGGUUUUCCGGCGUAACCUGGCAGGCAAUGGAAGAAGCCUGCCGCCGCCGCAACUGCCUGUUUGGAAGGGAUGCCGCAAGACAAGCGGUAUGCGAGCUCGUCGGGCCCGACACCGUGGUGGUCUGCCACGCAGGGCACGGAGACCUCGUUUCGCUGCGGUGGAUCCAUCGCCGAACCGUCGACACCCUCGUGAUCGAGACCAGGCGCCGAGAAAUAGAGCUUGCGUGCUCCAAGGUGAGGCAAGACUCGGAGCCCGCAGCCUCGCUCCCCCACGAGGUAGGACAGGGGGCUGUCAAGGCCCCAGAUGCGGCAGAACGCGAGCCUGCAGCACGACAAGACGGCUUGUCUCUCAAAGCCCUCGCCCUCCAGAGGCUCAAGAGAGCUAUCCAGGUCAGCGGCCGCGGGCAUGAUAGCGUGCAAGACGCCCUGGCAACCCGCGAUCUAGUGCAGUGGUACAUUGCCAACCCCGCCAGCUCGUGA